AUGGUGCGAGACAACUGCACAUGUGGGUCGGAUAUGCAGCUGAAGAUGUCCGCGAUCAUGGAGCCUCGCGAAGAUCACGUGGACAUCACAAUAUACCCAAUAUACCACGAGAAACAGUCCUUUGGCUUUUGUGCACUGCAUGCAUUGAACAAUCUGUUCCAAGAUGAAUCAGCCUACUCCAGGAAUUCCUUGGAUGAAAUCUGCAAAGCCCUCUCCCCUGGGUCCCUCUUGAAUCCACACAAAUCUUUGUUUGGCAUUGGAAUCUAUGAUGUGAAUGUGGUAUUUGCAGCUCUUCAGGGCAAAGAUUAUGAAGCACUCUGGUAUGACAAACGUAGGGACCCAUCAACUCUGGAACUGUCAAACAUCUUUGGCUUCAUCCUGAAUAUACUUUCUCCUCUAACCAUGUGGAAUAUCUCUUUGGGUGUCAAUCGCCGGCACUGGAUUGCAGUCAGAGAAAUACGAGGAAAAUAUUAUAACUUGGACUCAAAGCUCAAUGCUCCUUGGUGCAUCGGAGAAGUUGAGGAACUUCUGGACUUCUUGAGGGAGAGCUUGAAGGAUGAAAGCAAACAGAUAUUUGUGAUAGUGAAGAAGUCAGUUGCUCGUGAUCGCCUUUGGCAAAAAAAAGCUUCCCCAAUUCCAAUAAUUCGAGUCGUCCGAAGUGAAGCAAUAAUUGUAGAAAGGAGCCUAGAAAAAUUCCUGGGACACAUGAAGCGAUGA